GGCCAGCCCUCUCUUGCAGCUCCACCUCCUCCCUCCUUGCUCUGAGCUCCAGGCUGCCCCAGUCCUGAGCUCUGCCUGGGAGAUCACAGCAGCUCCCUCUUUGCCCAGGCUCAGCCAGCAGCUGUAGGUUCACCCGGUGGGAAGAUGGACAACCUCCCGUACGCCUUCCCGGCCCGCAGCAACCAGCCCUUCCCACACCACAACUAUGAGCACCUGAAGGAAGAGCAUGAGAUCGGGGUGGUCCCCCCAGGGGCCACCGUCAGCUCCACCGUUAUCAGCAUGUACCAGCCCCCGCCUCGCGACCACAUCAUCUGGUCCAUCUUCAGCACCCUCUACGUGAACUUCUGCUGCCUCGGCUUCAUGGCGCUGGUUUUCUCAGUCAAGGCCAGGGAUCGUAAAGUCGUCGGCGACCACAGCGGCGCAAGCAGCUACGGCUCCACCGCCAAGUGCCUAAACAUCAUGGCCCUGGUCCUGUCCCUCCUCUUGUUCAUCCUCAUCAUCGUCCUAGUGGCAACAGGGGUCAUCGCUGUCACACACGCAAUGCAACCUGGAGGCUAGACCCACCGCAGCCGGCUGGGGAUGGGGGUGUCCUGGCUCUUACAGUGCCCCCCAGGCAGGACUGCCCCUGCCACACUUCCUACACUUCCGACCUCUCUCUCCAGCUCUGCUUGCUCCCUCACUACCCGUGCCUGGCCGCCUCCUGCUGUUUGGUGAGCUGGGGAAGGAGCAGUGCUCUCCUCCUGGCUUCAGGGCGGCACUCCAGCUGUUCUUACAACACUAGCAGCACUAUCAUCCUCAGAGACGCUCUCUCCCCUGUCCUCCUUUCCACCAACACGCUGAGGCACAGGGAUUCGGACCAGGGCACUGCUGUGCCGCCUCCAUUGGACUCUCCCCAUACCCCCCUGCUUCCCCCGCCACCACCCUUUCUCUGAGGGUGACUGGCCCACUCUCCAUCCACAGCCCAGCCGCUGGGCUGCUCACUGGCUGCCCGGCAGGGCACUGCGCAGUGGAGUGAUGUGAGCCAGCCCUUCUGGCACGAGGCGACCGGGUGGGCUCCAGGGGAAGGGUGACAGCUCUCCUGCGGGUGAUGUGCCCCUCGGCAUCUCUGCAGAGACAGGCACUCGUAGAGUGAUUUGAAGUAGAACCGCGAGCCGGGGGGAACGGCUCUAAUAAACUUUCCUUUCUCUCUUGUAAA